CAACCCAGGGAAUCGCAGUCGCGGUUUGAAGGUACAUGCGUACAAGCUGCUCAUUCAAGCAACCAUCGCCCACAGCUUAAAUGAGCUUCGUUUAGUGCCAUCACUUCAGUUCAGCCGUCGACUGCUCCUCUCUGCCGCGCUCCCCCACCGUAUAUGUCUCAGUGGGCUACCCUGAAAUAUCGAAUAAGAGAUGUUGCAUUGGGAUGUAUACAACACCGCUCCUCUCUAGAUGGGAUUAAAAACAACGGCGUUUUGCGCGUUUCUGAAGGCACUUGUUUGUCGGGAAGGACAUGAAGAGUGGCUGUUGUUCUGCGUAAACUAUGGGAUUAAGGCAAUCGAAGAAAAGUUGGAUGUUGUAAAGAUCGUAUCUCCGUGCUGGAUGAUCCAUAACAUGGAGAGGUAGAUCUCGACAUAGGAAGGUGAACAUACUGACUAACACACCGGGAAAGGAAAUGUACAGGGCCUGGAUUUUCCUUAUUCUUAUAGAAGAGGGAUUUGGACUGGCGCAAAGAUCUCAAGAGACACACCACAACGAUGGUGACCCGCCCCCCAACACAGAGCAGUGCGGGUUGUGGACACGCAAUAUCAACGGAGGCCUCUUCACCUCUCCGAACUACCCUGAGACAUACCCGCCGAACAAGGAAUGCGUCUACAUUCUGGAGGCGCUCCCUCGCCAGAGAAUCCAGCUGACCUUCGAUAAGACCUACUACAUCGAGCCAUCGUUUGAAUGCCGCUUCGACCAUAUAGAGGUGCGGGACGGCCCCUUUGGCUUCUCCCCACUCAUCGACCGCUUCUGCGGCCCCAAGAGCCCAGGCGUAGUCACCUCUACUGGACGUUUCAUGUGGAUCAAGUUCACCAGUGACGAGGAACUCGAAGGCCUAGGGUUCCGCGUCCAAUACACCUUCAUCGCAGACCCAGAUUUCCAUUUGCACGUGGGCGGACUGCUGAAUCCCAUUCCAGAUUGCCAGUUUGAGGUCGGAGGCUCUGACGGGGUGGUGCGUUCCAGCCAGGUGGAUGAGGAUAAGAUUAAAACGGACGAGGAUCUGGAUUGCAUCUGGACCAUCCGCGCCGCACCCCAGUCGAAGAUUUAUCUACGGUUCCUGGAGUACCAGAUGGAGCACUCCAACGAGUGCAAGAAGAACUUUGUGGCGGUGUACGACGGCAGCAGCGCCAUUGAGAACCUCAAGGCAAAGUUCUGCAGCACGGUGGCCAACGACGUGAUGCUGGGCACGGGCGUGGGCGUGGUGCGCAUGUGGGCUGACCGCAACAGCCGCCUCAGCCGCUUCCGCAUGCUCUUCACCUCCUUCGUCGACCCCCCCUGCUCUGGAAACACCUUCUUCUGCCACAGCAACAUGUGCAUCAACAACUCCUUGGUGUGCAACGGCGUCCAGAACUGUGUGUAUCCCUGGGACGAGAACCACUGCAAGGAGAGGAAGUCCAAUGGCCUGUUCCAUCAGAUCACUAAGACGCACGGCACGGUGAUCGGCAUCUCCACGGGCGUGGUGCUGGUGCUGCUCAUCAUCUCCAUUCUGGUGCAGAUGAAGCAGCCGCGCAAAAAGGUGGUGGCACGUCGGCCGGUCGUCUUUAACAAGGCCGGCUUCCAGGAGGUCUUCGACCCGCCGCACUACGAGCUCUUCUCCCUGCGCGACAAGGAGCUCUCGUCCGAGCUGGCCGAGCUGUCGGACGAGCUGGAGAGCUACCACAAGCUGCGGCGCUCGUCCACCGUCUCGCGCUGCGUGCACGAGCACCACUGCGGCGCCCAGCACGGCCAGCACGCAGCUGCCGCCGCCGCAGCGGCCGCCACCGGCGUGGUGUCCGCCGCGUCCGCCGCCUCGUCGUCGGCCGGCGGGAGCAUGAAGCAGAGCCGCACCACGCUCAGCUCCAUGGAGCUCUCCUACCACAAUGACUUCUCCAAGCCGCCGCCGCCCAUGAAGACCUUCAACAGCUGCUCCAGCACCGGCAGCAUGGGCACCUACAAGAAGAGCUGCUACGGCUACGCCAAACAGACUCACGACUGCGCCGCCGCCGCCGCCGUGGCCGAGCAGGUGAUCGAGGACCGCGUGAUGGAGGAGAUCCCGUGCGAGAUCUACGUGCGCGGCGGAAGCGUGGCGGGGACCGCCGGCAGCAUCGGCAGCGGCUGCGGCACGCUCAGCAUCCGUAACCAUGGCAGCGUGAGGAACAGCACCAGCGUGGUGGACCCCGGCACACGCUCCAUGUCCAUGGACUUUUAAACUAAAAAGAGAGAGAGAGAGAGAUAGAGAGAGAGAGA